AUGGAUUCCGAUCACCUUAACAAAAGAUACUCAAAAUCUGACAUAGACAUUAUUUUCAGUAAAAUUCUUUGCAGAAGCGAACAGGUUAUUCCGUUAUUGUUAUUGUUAGAUUCGGGAUGUUCCUAUUGCCCAAACAUAUUCCUAUACGGUCAGGCUUCCACUGGUAAAACGUUUGCAGUCCAGAAUAUCAUGAAUAUUCUUAAGUUACCACAUGCAUUUGUUAAUUGUUUGGAGAGUCAAUCAGGUCGGCAGUUCUACAGACACAUACGAAAGUCCAUAGGUCAUAAAAGCUUGCAAGUAAAUCUCGACAGAAAUAACUAUUGUGAUAACAUCGAAGGUUUUAUCAAGUAUCUCAAAGACGUUAUGAAGGAGCAUGGGAAAGCCUUCUACAUGGUUUUCGAUAAUGCGGAUCGUAUUGGCAACUUAGAUUCCACGUUGUUCUCCAUACUUCUUGGUUUAAAGGAAUUGGUUGACCCCAAAAUUACAGUUUUUCUCAUUAGUAAUUUAUCUUGGGAAGAUCUGUCACUUAGUAUAAAUUGUCGCCAACCUUUUCUCCAGUUCUUUCCUAAUUAUCAGAAGGACGAACUUGUGACUAUCUUAAGUCAAAGUUGCAAAUUAUCCGACGAUCAAUCAUUCAAUGCUUGCUACUUAAAUGAAAUAUUAGGUGUCUUUCUUUCGUCGAUGUAUGUGAAACUCGGGUUCUUUGGACGCAUUUUCGAUCGCACUUUAAGUCGGCCCUAUCAAAAAUGUAUCUUAGAGAGAGCAACAGCGGCAUACUUGGCCUCAUAUAAUCCUGUUAGUUCUGAUAAGAAACUUAUGAAAAAGGAUAAACGAUCUGGAACUAAAGCCUCUAGGCAGUAUAGAGCUAGAAAGAUUGACGGUUGGCUAUCGGGCCCAAAACAAUUUAGUAUCGAACGUAUAUUGGCAAUAUUCCAUAACAUCAUUGAAGACGAUGUACCAACCAAUAUCAAUAUUCUUGGCCAGGUCCACAAGAAAUUUUGA